AUGGCGGCAGAAGAAGAAGUCCUGCCACUGUCAAUGUCCAGCGACGACAGCUGGGAAAAAGAUCUUGAAGAAGCUUUAGAAGCAGGAGGUUGUGAUCUUGAAACUUUGAGAAACAUAAUUCAAGGGAGACCACUGCCUGCUGAUCUGAGGGCCAAAGUUUGGAAGAUUGCUCUCAAUGUUGCUGGAAAAGGUGAUAGUUUGGCAUCAUGGGAUGGGAUUUUAGACCUGCCAGAACAGAACAUUAUUCAUAAUGAUUGCCAAGAGCUUAUUGUGUCCCCUUACAACCUGGACUUCAUCAUCCUUUCGGAUGGGCAUGGACCAAACAUUGUAAUUCACUUGGACACCACAGAUGAGAACGUCUCUGCUACCAAAAAGCCAUACUGCUUCAUGGAUUGUUCCCUGAAGGGGAGACCAUUUCAUCUCUUCCGAUUACUCAUCCAAUACCAUGAGCCUGAACUUUGUUCUUUUCUUGAUACAAAGAAAAUUACUCCAGACUCCUAUGCACUCAACUGGCUUGGAAGCCUUUUUGCAUGUUACUGUUCCAUUGAAGUCACUCAAGCAAUAUGGGAUGGAUAUCUACAACAAGCAGAUCCAUUUUUUAUUUAUUUCUUAAUGUUAAUAAUCCUCGUUAAUGCAAAAGAAGUUAUUUUAGCACAGGAGUCAGACAGCAAAGAAGAAAUUGUCCAAUUCUUGGAAAAUACACCAUCCAGUUUGAAUCUAGAAGAUAUAGAAGACCUUUUCUCUCUUGCUCAGUAUUAUUGCAGUAAAACACCAGCUUCAUUUAGAAAGGAUAAUCACCAUCUAUUUGGCAGUACUUUGUUGGGAAUAAAGGACGAUGAUGCAGAUCUGAGUCAGGCUCUUUGUCUGGCCAUCUCAGUGUCGGAGAUCCUUCAAGCAAAUCAGCUGCAAGGGGAUGGAGUCCGGUUCUUCGUAGUAGAUUGCCGUCCUGCAGAACAGUAUAAUGCUGGACAUUUAUCAACUGCUUUCCACUUAGAUUCAGAUCUGAUGCUCCAGAAUCCAUCUGAAUUUGCGCAGUCAGUAAAAUCCUUGCUGGAAGCACAGAAGCAGUCCAUUGAGUCUGGUUCCAUAGCUGGUGGAGAGCACCUCUGUUUCAUGGGCAGUGGCAGGGAGGAAGAAGACAUGUAUAUGAACAUGGUCCUGGCACACUUUCUACAGAAGAACAAAGAGUAUGUAAGCAUUGCCAGUGGUGGAUUUAUGGCACUGCAGCAGCACCUGGCAGACAUGAAUGUGGAUGGACCAGAAAAUGGAUAUGGUCAUUGGAUUGCAAGUACCUCAGGUUCAAGGAGUAGUAUCAGUUCUGUAGAUGGUGAAUCUUCUAAUGGUGCAAAUGAUAGAGGAAUGAAAUCACUAGUAAAUAAAAUGACUGUUGCUUUGAAGACAAAAUCUGUUAAUGUCAGGGAAAAAGUUAUCAGUUUUAUUGAGAAUACUUCAACUCCUGUGGACCGAAUGUCUUUCAAUCUUCCUUGGCCAGACAGAACAUGUACAGAGCGGCAUGUAAGCAGUAGUGACAGAGUAGGCAAGCCUUACCGUGGUGUGAAGCCUGUUUUCAGCAUUGCGGAUGAAGAAGAGUACGACACAGAUGAAAUUGAUAGUUCUUCAAUGUCAGAUGAUGAUCGAAAAGAGGUUGUAAACAUUCAGACUUGGAUAAGCAAGCCAGACAUCAAGCAUCAUUUUCCUUGUAAAGAAGUGAAAGAAAAUGGACACAUGUUUCCUAGUCAUCUCUUAGUUACUGCAACACAUAUGUACUGUUUAAGAGAGAUUCUUUCCAGGAAAGGAUUGGCUUACAUACAGUCUCGACAAGCCCUAAAUUCUGUAGUUAAAAUAACAUCUAAAAAAAAACAUCCUGAGCUAAUUACCUUCAAGUAUGGAAACAGCAGUGCUUCAGGAAUAGAAAUCUUGGCAAUUGAAAGGUAUUUGAUUCCAAAUGCAGGAGAUGCUACCAAAGCCAUAAAACAACAGAUCAUGAAAGUUUUGGAUGCUUUGGAAAGUUAA